AUGUCAGACAGCCUUGUAUUAAUUACCGGAGCUUCUGGCUACAUUGGAACUCACUUAAUCGGAGAUAUCCUCAAAGCCGGCCACCGUGUGCGUGCUGCUGUAAGAACUGAGGAGAAAGGCCAGGCAAUCAAGGAGCUGUAUCAUUCUUCUUUGGGCAGAAUUGAGUUUACCGUUGUGCCUGAUAUGUCACAGCCAACCGCGUACCAGAACGCUUUGAAAGGUGUCAGCUAUGUGUUUCACUUGGCCGGAGCAAUGGUUGACAAGGGCUCUGAUCUCGAAAGCGAUUUUGUUAAUCCAGCGGUCAACGGAACCUUGUCAAUCUUGGAAUCUGCAAAGAAAGAAGGCAGCAUCCAGAAAGUUGUCAUUGUUUCGUCCUUUGUGGCUCUAAUGCCCCUCGACGCUGUGAUGCACAAGUCGUUUCAUAUCAAGGCUAAUACGAAUGAAACGUUCCCUGUCGAUCUAAAAAUGGCUUUCCCGGAUGGAUUACCAGGCCAGUUUCUCAAAUACCAAACAGGCAAGAUUGUUGGUCACCAGGCAUAUCGCGAAUGGAUCAGCAAAGAAAAGUCCAGCUUCAAGAUUGUGAGCGUUCAUCCAUCCCAAGUCUUCGGGCCUAGCCUGGUCCAGAAGUCCGGAAGCGACCUCAGUGGAGUGAACUUCCUCAUGUGGAUGACUUUACAAUCUGAUGGACCUCCUAUGACGCCGUACAUGAUGGUGGAUAUUCGCGAUGUUUCACGCGCGCUGGCACGGCUCAUCGAUGCUGAUGUUCCUUCCGGAACCGAAUUGCCAAUCACUGGCCCCCUCUAUACAUGGAAAAAGUUCGCAAACUUUGUCAAAUCAAGCUAUCCUGCUUUGGAUAUGAAAUUUGCGCCCCAAGAGGAGCCUACAAUGAUUAUGGAUAUGACCGUAACUGAUAAAUUGCUUGGAGUGAAUUGGACACCUAUGGAAGACACUAUCCGUGCCUUUGUUGAGCAGCAAAUUGCGUUGUCGAAAUAG